AGACAGGGGAGCUUAAAACCCAGCUACAAACCCCUCCGCCAUUCAGCCAUACUGCUUGCCUGUUCGACCGAGCCAAGUGGGCCUAGUGGGAUCAGAGCUGCUAAAAAACCUCUGCGCUUUUCUUUUCCUCCGUUUCUCCAGCAGUUAACAAACUCCCCGUAACGCAACAGCGACAACAUGCGCGAGAUUGUGCAUCUUCAGGCCGGGCAGUGCGGGAACCAGAUUGGAGCGAAGUUCUGGGAGGUGAUCAGUGAUGAGCAUGGGAUUGAUCCAACAGGAUCCUACCAUGGGGACAGUGAUCUGCAGCUGGAUAGGAUCAAUGUCUACUACAAUGAGGCUUCAGGUGGAAAAUAUGUGCCAAGGGCCAUCUUAGUGGAUCUGGAGCCAGGCACUAUGGACUCUGUCCGCUCUGGCCCUUUCGGACAGAUCUUCAGGCCGGACAACUUUGUCUUUGGCCAGAGUGGAGCAGGUAACAACUGGGCAAAGGGCCACUACACAGAGGGAGCCGAGUUGGUGGACUCAGUCAUGGAUGUUGUGAGGAAGGAGGCCGAGAGCUGCGACUGCCUUCAGGGGUUUCAACUCACACACUCCCUGGGUGGUGGUACCGGCUCUGGCAUGGGAACCUUGCUGAUAAGCAAGAUCCGGGAGGAGUACCCCGAUCGUAUCAUGAACACCUUUAGUGUGGUGCCUUCUCCCAAGGUGUCAGACACUGUGGUGGAGCCCUACAAUGCAACCCUUUCUGUGCACCAGCUGGUUGAGAACACUGACGAGACCUACUGCAUUGACAACGAGGCCCUAUAUGACAUCUGCUUCCGCACCCUCAAACUCACCACACCCACUUACGGAGACCUUAACCAUCUGGUCUCUGCCACCAUGAGCGGGGUGACGACUUGCCUGCGGUUCCCCGGCCAGCUCAACGCUGACCUCCGCAAACUUGCUGUAAACAUGGUCCCCUUCCCCCGUCUGCACUUUUUCAUGCCAGGCUUCGCGCCGCUCACCAGCAGGGGUAGCCAGCAGUACAGAGCACUCUCUGUGCCCGAACUCACUCAGCAGAUGUUCGACGCCAAGAACAUGAUGGCGGCGUGUGACCCACGGCACGGCCGCUACCUGACCGUGGCCGCCGUCUUCCGAGGCCGCAUGUCUAUGAAAGAGGUGGACGAGCAGAUGCUGAAUGUGCAGAACAAAAACAGCAGCUAUUUCGUGGAGUGGAUCCCCAACAAUGUCAAGACAGCCGUUUGUGACAUCCCGCCCCGUGGGCUCAAGAUGGCCGCCACCUUCAUCGGCAACAGCACGGCCAUCCAGGAGCUGUUCAAGCGCAUCUCAGAGCAGUUCACUGCCAUGUUCCGCCGCAAGGCCUUCCUCCACUGGUACACUGGAGAAGGUAUGGAUGAGAUGGAGUUCACUGAAGCGGAGAGCAACAUGAACGACUUGGUGUCCGAGUACCAGCAGUACCAGGACGCCACAGCCGAGGAGGGAGAGUUUGAGGAAGAAGGAGAGGAGGAAGUUGCCUGAGGCUAAAGUUGCUCCAUUUAUCCAAGUCCUACUCUUCUCUUUUCUUAUUUUUAGUGUGUACUUUUCCUUCCUUUUCCUGUUCCCUUAUUCAUGUCAUAUUUUCCCUGCCUCUUCUGUUUCUCGUCUUCACCUUUCUCUUCUGUCAGAGUAGGAUUCACACACUAAACACGUAGCUGACCCUAGUAGAGGUAACAAAGACAUGUGUGCGAGUGAUCUUUUGUGUAUAGCUUUUUGUUCAUUUUCAUUAUCACCAGAGAACCUUUCAUUCUGGGCCCACAUUGAAACUUGUUUGACUUGUCAUUUGUUGAAAUAAAUAUAUCGUUAAACCAG